AUGGUCACUCGGCACCCUUCGAACGACAAUGUUCAGGCAUCCAGUGCCGGGAACGAGCAUACUGAAUCCGCCGACCCGUCUUUCGUGAUUGUGUCCGGUGGGACGGGAUGUAAUGCUAUCUGUUCGGCGUUUUCUAAUGCUUGCUAUGUUCUGCCUGUCUCGGAUGACGGAGGCUCUUCGAGCGAGAUUAUCCGAGUUCUGGGUGGGCCUUCGAUAGGUGAUAUACGGUCGCGUCUCGUGCGUCUCAUACCGCCUGCACCUCCUGGAUCACCGCUGGAUGCUCUCAGGAUUUUGCUGGCGUAUAGGCUGCCUGUUGGUGCAGCGGCGAGGGAUGAAUGGAGGGCGAUUGUGGAAGGCAAGAGUCCGCUGUGGAAUGGUGUCCCUAACGACAGAAAGGAGGCUAUUCGAGGCUUUUUGGUAUACUUUGAGAACGAAGUGCUCCGUAGAGCGCACAAGUCCUUCUCUUUUGUGAACGGAAGUAUAGGGAACUACUUCCUCGCCGCUUCUCAGGGCUUUUUCAGAUCUCUCCCUUCCGCUAUAUUUCUGUUUUCGUCGAUCACGAGCUCUCAGGCUAACAUCUUGCCCGUAAUCGUUACCAACCACAUUGUGACGAUUGCUGCUGAACUCAACAACGGCGCCAAGUUGAUUGGACAAUGCGAAAUAUCGCACCCAGUCCCCCGAAUCACCUUUAACCCCGAAGAAGUUACUCGCACAGACCAUACCGGAGGGGAAAACACAGAGGAUGACUUCGAUGUAAUGUCUCCAACUGGCGAUGCGGAUGGGGACGGUGGUGAAGGCUCCAUCCUUCCUCGAAAUCAAAACGUUAUGUUCAGUGCGACAUCAAAGGACAAUCAUGAAGAAGAGGAACUAGAAGCACCCAUCUCCCGGUUGUACUACAUCAACUCAUAUGGACACGAGAUCCACCCGUCACCUAACCCGGACUAUAUCAAGAGUCUGGCAAGAAACGAGGUCUUAGUCUAUUCUUGUGGGUCUCUAUGGACUAGUAUCAUCCCGUGCCUUGCACUUCGAGGAGUAUCCACCGCUAUUGCACGCUCCCAUUCACUACGCGCCAAGGUCCUUUUUCUCAACUCGAAGAAUGACCGAGAAACAACAGGGUACACGGCGGUAGACUAUAUACAGGCGAUCGUUCGUACCCUUAACGCCCGAUAUCAAGUAGAACCUUACGGGCUCGCUCGAGGGAACGCGGCCACACUCUACCCUGUCUCAGCAUUCAUCACGCAUCUCGUAUACAUACGCGGCACAACAGUCAAGGUAGACGUGAGGAAGAUUGCUGAUAUGGGGGUGAGAUGCAUAGAAGUCGAGAGCUCAUCACGGUCUAGUAGCGGAACGCCGGUCUACGAUGCGGAGUGCGCGAGAACGGCUGUCGAUGAGGUUCUGAGCAGUGUUACUUGA